UGGACAGCAACGUAUGCGUUAGUGUUGGCGGGAAACCUUGUUUGUUUUACAGAGGCAAAUCGGCUAAAAUUUUUUUUCUGAUCUUGAAUUAGAACGAUCAGCCAACAUUAAGAGUAUGUAGUUAUGCUUGGAAAAGGCAGAUUUCACGGAGAAUUGUUCUUACUGAACAUUACACACAUACCACCGGCAUAUUUCGCCGAGUCCAUUCAAGCACUUGGUUUUUACGUGGGAGGCGAAUUGUGGCGUCCUGUUUGUUUUCGGAAAGAAUUUUCUGGCGGUGUUUGUUGACCGCUAAGAAACGAAGCUAGUUUCGUUCAUCGGUUUCAAAUUCGAUAGGUAGAAACAGAAGGGAAAGGAAUCAUCCUCGCGGUGCGUGUGUUAUCUGUGAAGUCUCGUGAAACAUGCGGAGAACUGGAAAAGCCAAUGUCUUAACUGCCUUGAUCGGCCGGGAAACAAACUUUCGAAGAACUCACGACCACGAUUUGUUAGCAUCGUACGCCGAAGAUGCCUCUGUGAUGUCCUGUAAUCGAACAAAGGUACGAUUUUAGCUCUUGUCAUUUUACCGGUCAAUGUUUGUAGACUGGUGUUACUGUUGUUGUUUUCAUGUCGAUUUUCAAGUUCCCUUGAGAUUGUGUGACCUUUUUGAACUAAAAUUAAUCGCUUCAAGAUAAUUCGUAAUAUUAUUUUAUUUUGAUCGUGGAGAGGGGUUUUUCAGUAUGUUUCUAUCGUAAACCGCAAUUUUACGAAAAUUUCCUGUCUUUUUCGUUGAUUUCCUAUACCAUGACGACAUUUGUAUCUAUCACCAGGACACAAUAAGCCAAACUUCGUCCGGUUCGGUAUCUUCGUUUCUCGCCAUGAAGUGGGUGUUAAAGAAGGCAUAUGUUUCCUACUGUUUAGUUUUCCACUCGACUAUAUGUCUUCCUUUCAUGAAAAUUCCUAAUCUCGGGCCAUUGUGUUCCUUUUAAUCGCCUCUGUUUUGUCAAUGUCAAGUUCAGAUGAUUGACGUGCCAUUAGCCUCUUGUAUCGCCCCAAGUUCACUCCAGUUCAUGACCGAAAUCUACAUUGUUUUUUUUUUUCUCAAAAUGGACAACAAUCUUUUAUCUUAAUAUAUUUCUCACACACUGCUACCUGAGUAUCUUUCAUGACCUAUAUAUUUCUGAAGACAGAAGAUUUUUACUGAAACCUUUCUUUUUUUUUUUUUUUUUUCAAUUCGUGCACGUAACCACGAGCUUAUUGCGUAGUGACCUUGACAAACCUGACGAAAGUAAAAACAACAGCAGUUUGGUCUCUGUUUUGACGAGAGACAAUUCCUAUCUCUCAUUAAGAAUUCUGAAUUACCCGAUUUGUAACGUGGUUGGUGGAAAUUCUUAUGUAGCUCUUGAAAACACAAGUAGAUUUGUCUUGACCUUCGCGGCGCGGCGACCAACCCUGAUAUACUUCCGGUUCUAAAGAAGGCUUCGAUUGUGUUAUUGUACAAAGGUAUUCGCAUCAAUCAAAAGCAGUCUCAUUUUUUGGCCGUAGUUUUAAUUGAAACUUCGUAGUCCAGGUUUUAUUUACGAUGUCAGGGUGUGGUUCAUGGACUUGACCUUGCUCGUUUUUGUUGUACAAGCAAGCCAUCAAUACGAUGCAAAUACGCAUGUUAUGACAGGAAAUUAUAUUUACUAGUCAGAAGGUUAUUUGAGAUCUGAAAAUUAAACUUGUUACCAUCUGGUGUGAUUCAAUACGAAAUACGAAGACAGACUAAACUUGCACAAUUGUACUUUGAGUUUGUUUUACAUAUCAAUCAGGAGAUGGCCUCUCAAUUUAAACUGAAAACCAUUUGAACGUAGAGCAGAUAGUAAUGGGAAGGAAAAGCUUAAAUCACUAAAUUAAUAAAAUUAAUGUCCAGUGAUAUUGCUGUUUUCCAAUUUGAUAUGCUUUCUGAUAAUUUUUGUCUCUGACAUUGGCAGUGGCAGUGCCAAUGACCUUGAACUUGGGCAACUUGUAUUAAACCAAAAUAUAACCAUACUGUGGGUGAUAUUUUUUUGUCAAAAUUAAAACUUGGCUUUCAAUAUAAUCUGUCAAACAUGAAUUUAAGAUAAACCAUAAAUAAAAACUUUGUGAGUUACUGUAUUUUGCCUUAAUAUACAUAGUAAUCAUGUGAAGCUCACCUCCAACCAGUGAUUUUUUAUUUUUUUAUUUUUUAUUUCUCUUCUCUGAAAGAUGUUAUGUACGUACUAGUGAAGACAUUAAAAGUGACAAUGUCAACUUGAAAAUUAAAUUUGGCUAUAAAGUUUUCUGGAUAGUUCUGUCAGUAUUUGAUUAGAAAAAAUUCAUAAUAAGUGAGAAAGUUAUUUAAAUCACAGUUGCCCCCUAUCUUGCUUAAAUUUUGAAAUUAAGUUUAAUUUUUUUUUUUAAGUUAUGUGCGAUGUAACAUUUUACUUAGAAUAUACUGUGUAGACAAGAUGGACUUGCUAUCUUUGACACAAGACCAGUAUUUAACUUCUACAGUACACGUAAGCUAUCUCAUUAUCCAUAAAAAUUGAAAUAAGCUGACAUCCCAUCCUGUUCUGAAAACAUUAAGGGUGACUUACUUACCAAACAAAUAGUAGAAGUGAUGUAUAGCAUGUGUAUUUCACGUGACAGAUAACAUGUUCGUGAAUUUUUUCAAGAACUGUCUGUGCCACUGUAGUCUUGAAAUUAUGUGACAAAAGCACAUAAUAUUUUAUUAUUUUUACUGCUUUUACAAAGAAAUGAUUUAACUACAAAUGUUAUUAUCUUAUAGAACUUGGGUGAUGUAGAUUUUAUCUGAUCUGUAUCAGUUUCCUGUAGUCGUGACUUCCUACCAAAAUUUGAUAAACCCCUUUGACUGCUGAGAUCCAAAAAUUAGAUUUCCUUAUUAAGGAUUUUACAUUCCUUGCUUAGUUCUUAGUAUUUGGUGCCAUAUGGGAGUUAAAACAUUCAGAAAGCUAUGAAUCUGACAUAUCCAUUUGUAUCUCAGAUAUGUGCCUUGAUUUGAUUUUCCAUAUAACUAUCUCUAAAUUUAAGACAAAAUGAAGUACAAGAUUUAACCAAAAGAAUAGUAUAUUUAUAAUUUUAAAUGCCUGGGGAAGAAAAAGGUAUUGCUUACCUUAAUUUUCAGGCUGAAGAUGUAAAUAGAAAGUCAACAUUUGUAAAUCAAAUUUUUUAUCUUCAUAAAGGCCAAAUUGAAGCAGCGAGGGUUUUAAGGUUGGGUCCACUAAUCUGAGCACUCACCUUUCAGAAUUUGUUUCAAAUCAUCAAUCUUUCAUUAAUUUUUGUGGAAAUUUUGGGAGUUACCUGACAUGUACAGUGGAUAUGAUUCUAUGACAGAGAGACCACUUUGAAAAAAUUUCUAUGAAAGGUAGUUAUAUGGCGUUUUUAAUGUAAUGCAUGUAUAUGAUUUUCAUGAUACUACCGUAUUUUUUCAGACUAAGUUAGAACCUGUAAAAUUCCAUGACGGUACACAAUUUACAAAUACAGAUGUAAUGAAGAAGUAUCAUAAAGAACACUUUGAAACUGGGCUCUGCUAGAUGUAAAUUAGUUUGGUUGCGCAAUGUAAAUUUCUUUCAGUUUCAUUUGUUCUUUUUCUACCUUGAAUAGUUUUGUUUUGAUCUAGAAAAUACAGAAACACCAUUCCUUCAAAAGCAUUUUUAUCUCUUCGGCGUAAACUACUUGAUACAAGGUUUCAUGAAUUCUUGCCCUUAAAUUACUGCUUUAAUGUGCGUGAUAUCCAGUUCUUGUCAUUGUUUAGAAUUAAAACAACACGACAUGCUUCAUACCAUUCUAUUUUGGUUGCCAAUUAAACAAAGAAUGUAAAUGCCUUUUUGUUUCUAGCCAGCCACCUACUGAAUGCCUGAAAUAGGCAAUAGACUGUUCAUGUUAUUUUGGAAAUAACAAUAGUAUUAGCUCUGUGACCUGCAUGACAAGAUGAGUUAAAUUUAGCACUUGGUUUUGUUCCUAAAUUUUGAUGAAACCUAUCAGCAGCAGGGAUCAAAGACACCUUUAUCAUAAGGCCAAAAGAGAAACAUGAAUGUUUUAUAACUUCUCAUUGGGGGUAACCAGUUUCAUGGUGUGAUGAAUAAAUUUUUUCCAUUGGUACAUGUAUAAAUAGCACUCUUAAUAUUGGGUCUAUGAGUGGUUUGCAUAUUUUAAUCUGAGAAUGUUCUCAUUCAGUAGAGUUUAAUGUUGCGAAUGUCCUUGAAUAUACCAGGUACAAUAUAUCUAUAUUUAAAUCAUGGUCAAAUGAUUAAGACCAGUGAAAAGUUACUACUACAGAAUCUUUGUUUGCAAAAUUUUGUUGAUAUGAAUAGAGUCUUUUUAAUCCUAUCAGUUUUGCUUCACUUACCAAAAUAUGUUCCUCUAGGCUAGGAUUUUAAAAAUACCCUGUUAUGCUAUUUGUGGAUAAAUUUGAUAAUUGUUCAAUAUGUGUUAUAGGGUUUCAGUACUCAAAAGGAAAAAAAAAUCAAUUUAUUUUAAUGAGAUUUAAGGUGAUUGUAGAAGAAUUUAAUAGAUUGGGCAAUCAUGUGCACAGUUUGGCUUCUCCUCAUGAAUCAGAAAAUAAGGGGAUUAAAUAUUAAUGUAAUAAGUUACACCACUUGAGAUGAGUAAUAACUGACAUCUGUUCAAAUAAGGCUUAUACCGACUUCUUUUCACGUGAUGCUGUUGAACAAUAACAGAAAAUUUGCCAACAUUCACGCAAAUUUCCUAAAUCCCUAAGCAUUAGGCUAAUGUUGCAUUGCCAAAGUCUAUUUUUGCCUGUGUUCUUGUGUAAAAAUCCAGAGUUUUCAAGUAUGUAAAUGUGCUUAUAACAUUGCAGGAAGCUUGGCUAAAUAGAUGCUGCAAUGGCAAUCAAGGGACUGUCGCCAUUUGUCUGAGUGCAUUUGAUGGUGACAUUAUGGUGUCAUAAUGCCAUCUGUUUGUGAUUUUGAUCAAUGUCCACAUGUACAUGAACAAAUAUAAGAUCAAAGGAAGUGAUCUAAGUGAGUCUGAACUAAAAAAGCCGCCUUUAAUAUUUGUUCCUUGUUUAAGAAUAUAGGGUCAAUUUACAGUCAAUUUAUGGUGUACAUCUGAAGUGCAGGUAUAUUGCAUUUAUUCCUGCGCAUCUACCAAUAAGUGUCUGAUUUUUAUGCAGAUAAAAUGCAAAUAGAGUAAUAAUGCAGGGUUGUAGAUAAUAGCCGGCAGCUGGUGAAGAAUGCCGGCUUCUCUGCAAGGUUUCGCUGGCUACUUUCAUUGCUUUGAGAGCCCAUACAGAGAUGAUGUUUAUCAGGUCUAAACUUGGGCUCAAUAAAAAUAUGAAUUGCACUGCCUAUCUUUUCUGGAAACAUAAAAAGACUUCUGACUCAAGGGGACUGUCUUUUUGACAAAUCUUGCUGCAGUGGCAGGAAAGUACAAACCAUAUGACGUUUUGUCUGCCCUAUUGGAUUUUGAGACCUACAACUGUUUACCUUUAAAAAAGCUCUGGCUACUUAAAACCUUAAAGAAAACCCUGAUAAUGAUCUUAAUAGUAAAUUACCAGUGAUAUUAAGAGUACCGCUACAUACAAUAGAGAUUAGAACUAAUAGAUAAAUCGGAAUGUUAAAAUUUUAAUAGUAAUUUGGAACCUACUGUAUAAAAGUCCAAGGGUCGAUGCUCUCAUGCCUUGCGCAUGAGAUUCACGCGAACAAAUUCAAUCUCAUGCUCUCACACUGGAUCUAUUCUUUCUCACACAUGUAAGAUUUUAACUCUCAAGAUCUGAUUAUUAGUUCUUCCUUCUAACUGCCACACAUUUCCUUCUAAAUUAGCUCAAAGAAUUUGGUGUUAGAUUAAGAAUAACAACUUCUCUGUGAUAAGUUUAGGUAUUCUCAUUACCUGUUUGCUGGAUUGUGUCUGGAUAUUAUAAGGAGAAGUUACCUCUUGGUCACUUCUGGGAGUCAAAGGGUUAAACUGUUGAUUUUUGAGAUAACAAACUGUUUCUUUAGUUAAAUACCCAUUAUUCUGACUUGUAAAUGUAAUCUACUCCUUGUUUCUUUGUUCUUGCUUCAAACACCCACCAACAGUGGAAAUUCUUGUACCUCCGUAAAACCAGUCAGUGCGUUUUAAAUUACUUUUGCACGUACCGACCACAGACACUCCUCACACAUGCUCAGAAAAAGGAAUACAUGUGUACACUUCCUUUUUAUGCCCCCAUUAAGUUACCCCACCCCAGGAAGGUGAAGUGUCACAUUUGACAGCUUAGUGUUCUGAAAUUUCACUGUUUGGUAGAACAUCAACUUGACAGCUCAAAAAAGUCCAUACUCAAGUUAGAAAUGACUUUGUUUUUAAAGGAAAAGUACUCUCUAGAAAUUAAAGAGCUUUUUGUUUUCUGCCAUUUUAAGGCAUCACUUGGGGGUUUUCUUAGAUUCCAAAGGAUUGUUUAACCUUGGGAAAAUAAAAGUUUACACAUAAGAUAUCAAAUUUUGAAAUAAAAAAUAAGGAGGGCAUCUAUUUACAGGAAGUCAAUUGACACCAAACAGAUCAAAAUUUUGCCAGGAUAUCACUAACAAUUGCCAAAAAGGAUAUCCUGUGUAAUAGUUAUUUAAAUAAUGUGCUAAAGGUUAUUUACAAUUGCCAAAAUGCUAAAGGUUGCUAUGUUUUUUAUUUUCAGGAAUGCAAGCUGCCAGGAUCACCAAGGUCAACCUUUCUUGUUUGCUUCAGUCCUGACAAGUGAGUUUUAUUUUCAGUUCGUUGUACCAUCAUUACUAUUGUUAUCCCCUUUGGAUACUUGACUCAUAUCUUGAAUGAAUAUAAUUUGUUUAUAUUGUUUUGUAAUUUUUCUUGGUGAACAUGUGUGUUUAAUUAACCCCUUACACCCAAACAUCAGUAUGCAUAUUCUCCAUACUGUUCUUUAUACAUUUCCUAAGGUGCUGACAAGGAGAAUUUGUUAAACAAUCAAAAGCUUCUUUUGUUGGUGAUCAUUUCCUUUAUUCUCAUGACCUUAACGUGUGAUUCAGGGGUGAUAUUGUAGGAAGGAAUUUGAUGCUAGGAACUCUUAGGAUUUAAAUGAAUAACUAAUGAAAAUAAUUGAUUAUUUAACCCUUUAACUCCCAGAUCAAAUUUGUCAUUCUCCUUACUGCCAACCAUACAAUUCUCAUGAUGUUAAUUCAGAGAAUUUAGUAUUGGAUCAACUUAUUAUCCCCGAGUUGAUAUUUUUCUUAAUUCUCGUCACUUAUCUGGUUGAUAUUAUAAGGAAAUUCUGUCUUGGCCACUCAUGGGAGCUAAAGGGUUAAUUACUCACUGUUUGCUUCUAGUAGUCUGUAGUUUUAACAAAUACUGUUCCUUUCCUGUAUCUGGUAUCUGUGGAGAUUUUGUACAUGUGAAAGAAACUUUGUGAGUCCAAGGGAAGAAGGAAUAACUCAACUAGUUUGAGCAGGCUCCCUGCGUUCCCAACCCCACCCUUCUCCCAUUUCAAUAAACUUUUUUAGUUUAAACUUGAUUUCCAUGUGCAUUCUAUAACAUUAACUAUUUCAUUUUCUUUACGCACAAAAAAACAAACAUAAAACACUGUUAUAGCAUCAUGAGCGAUCUAAUUGUAAUACAGUACAUCUAAUUUUUCCCAGUGGUAUCAACCCUGAAAUAAAUUUAUGGCCAUGAGAGUAAAGAAAGUGAUUAGCUCAAGGUGAAGAAGCUCUUGAUUAUUAAGCAAAUUCUCCUUUAGGUGCCAAAGGGAACAUAUUGAGAACAGUAAAGAGAAUUUGCAAACUAAGGCACCUUCUAAUCUGAGUUCAACACAUUAACUAUCAAGCCACUGUAUUUUACACUUUCCAGUGAAAGGUUGAAUUUAAAUUUGUGCUGAUAAUUAUUUUUUUCAGGACCAAAAUGGCAUCUUCGCAUGGAGAUCACACUGUGCGUAUAGUGGACUGUAAGACAUCUAAAUGCAUAAAUACUCUCAGUGGUCAUCCUCGCACACCUUGGUGCAUUACGUUCCACCCAUCAUCCAAUGAGCUGUUGGCAUCAGGUUGUCUUGGAGGAGAAGUCAGAGUUUGGAAUUUAAAGGUAGAGUAAUGUUUUUGCUGAAUUCAUUACAGGGGAGGAACAGGGAUAGAUUUUGUGGACGGUACUUGUAAAACUCCUUCAUGUUUAGACCAAACUGCAGUUGAUCUGAAGUUUCUUUGAAAAAAUUACUUUGAAGAGUCUGUUACCCACCUUUAAAGGGUCUGUAUUAUUGUGGAAAGGAAGGUGUGUGGGAGAGGAGGGAAGAAGUUUGCCUGCACUUUUAGAUGUUUGUCCUUUUGUUGCCUAACAUCUCAGUCUCUGCGUAUUCUCAAAAUACAUGUAGUUGCCACUUUUAAAAUUACAUUAGGGAUAUGCUCUGCAUGGGAACAAAAUGCAUCCCUCGUUGAAACAGAUUUUAAAAACUGGAGAGCAAAACAUAUGCAGUAAACUAAAACACCAUAAUUAUGAAAUAAAAAUGUUGCUGCUCUGAAAUGUUUUGACUUAAGAUAGCUCAGCCUAAUUUUCCACUGAGGCAAUUAUAGUAAUAAUAUAUAUACAUGCCAACAUCCUUUCCUUUAACCAAUUUACUCUCAGAUCAAAUUUGUAAUUAUCCUUAAUUUCAACAAUACAACACUUAUAAUGUUAGUUCAGAGAAUUUAUUAUUGGAUCAACUAAUUAUCCCCAAACUGAUAUUUAUUCUCAUGACUUAUCUGGUUGAUAUGGUAUUGAUAUUGAUAUUGUAAGGAGAAAUUCUGUCUUGGUCACUCAUGGGAGUUUAAGGGUUAACCAAUUUACUUAUAAGAAGUACUCACCUAAUUUCCCUUUGCAAUAUCACCCCUGAUCACAAAUUUAGAUCACGAGAAAAAAGGGAAAAAAUCAUCUUGACUGCAAAACAAAUCCUCCAUGUCAGCACCUUAGGAAAUUUAUGAAGAACAUUAAAGAGAAUGUGCAUACUGAUGUUAAGGUGUAAGAGGUUGUUGAAUCUUUUCAGUGAGAAAGUUAUGUUACAUUUGCCUUCAAUGUUAUAACAUUAUUCAUCCAUGUUAAUGUAUUUCUGUCAAGACUGGAGAUAGUGAAGUGUACACACCUCCUGACAGAGCUGUUAUUGCCUCACUUGCCUUCCAUCCUACGGACCAUGUGGUGCUGAUCGCAACCAGCAACAAGCUUCUCUUUUGGAGCUGGGAUCAGCCUGAGCCAUUUGCUUGUGUACAGACUGCUUCAACUGAAGAAAAAGUUAGGUAUGAUGCAGCCAAAAUUUUCCCCUGUUGGUGAAUCUUAAGAAACCAAAUUAAUUUCCUUGUGUUUGUUGUACUAAAAUAAAACAUAGGGGUACUGAUGAAAAAAAAGUCAAAAAGAACUAAAUGAUGUGGAGUAUCUGAAAAAGUAACAAGUAUAUGUAACCAAAGGAUUCAGAAUGCAUGCCAGUUCUGUUGUUGCAGUUUGAUAACUUACUCCAGCCUCAAGCUUCUCUAAAUUUGGGGGUUAAGCUGGUUGUGAAAUUUGUGAAAAAUCCCAUGUUGCUGAUAGUCAAUGAGAAGAAAAAGGGAAAGAAAUUAAUUUUAGAGAAAGAAGUUUUCAUCUUGUCACGAGUGUGGAACAAAGAAAAAAUUCUGAGUCCCUAUGAGGAAUCGAACCUCAGACCAGGAUUCCAUGCUGUGAUGCUCUACCACUGAGCUACAGAGACAUUGCAGUGUGUGAGGUCUACUACAAAGUUUUAAAUGUUUGUAUUAAACACUUUGGAAGUUUUACAUGCAACUGCUGAUAUUUUUCAGAUUGGUGGAAUUUUCACCCCUUGGUGACCAUAUUCUUACUGCAGUCACAAAUAUACCUCAGCCAGUGAGUAAAUAUUUCCAUUUCCUAGAUAAAAUAAAAUAAACAAAACAUAAAUUUGAAAGGUAGACUGUAGACUUCUUGGUUGAGUUUAUCUUUAGGGUAGAAUCACAGAUGAUGUCAAAAUGUGUGCAGAACAAAUACUGGAGUGUCUCUCUUAUCUUUAACACAUUUUGAUGUGAUCUGUGAUCAUCAACUUAACAAGCACUCUGCAAAAUGUUGUUGCAUCUUUAUUUUUGCCUUAUUCUUGAUUGUAAACAGUUCUUGCUCAACGAAUUUUGUGGCUUUCUCUUGAACAUUUGAUCCUAAGAGUGACUGGAAUCUUAUUUCUCAUAACAAAAUCACCCCAGAAUCAAACUUUAGGGUCGCAAGAAUAAAGUAAAUGAUCACCAACCAAAGAUGCUUUUGAUUGUGAAACAAAUUCUCCUUGUCAGAACCUUAGGAAAUGUAUAGAGAGCAGUAUGGAGAAUUUGCAUACUGAUGUUAGGAUGUAAAGGGUUUUUACAUACUGAAUUUUCUUGGAAACAGUUUUCAACGUGAGUGCAGUGUUUGACAGAACAAAGAAAUUUUUUUCGAUAUGAUGUCAACUGUCUUUACCGUGUUAGAUUAUAAGCAACAACCAAUUAGUUUUUUCCAAUCAUUUUUUCUUCUACAGGCUGAUAACCCCAAAACCAUUCCAUCCAGGUGAGAAUAUUUUAGAAUUUUUGUUAUUGUGGAUGAAGAAAUUCCACAGCAAUGUUUUUUUUUUCUAACUUGAUUGCUCAGAUUGUCUCAAAACAGCUUAUUAUUAGUUUACAUUUUCGUACAUUACUCAACACCACCAUGGUUCAUCUGCUGGUGGAAAAAGAUCAGUAUUAAAAAAAUGAUGAAUGUGUCAUAAACAUCCUUUCAAUUUGAGGACAGCUCAUAAUUUAUUGCCUAAGGAGGGGGGGGGUCGGAGGAUUUUGGUUGUGUCACAAUAAAACUUACCUGAUCCACCCAUAAGGUUCUCUGAUAUUCUAAUUAUCCCCCUCAUUGGCAGUCAAUUUUCCACAGUAUGAAGAUUCCUCUCCCCUCUAAACUCUGUUCAAGAUGACUAAUACCCAUUUCCGUUCCAUGCGAUCCCCACAAAAUCCACCCCCCUGCACCAGGCGAUAAAUAAUAAUGACUACACCCUAAGAGUUGCUAAAGCAAUGGUAUAAUCUGUGAAAGACACAUCGAUAUCUGCAGACCAGGGGGAUUUACAGUAAUGGCUUCGUGGUUUGGAAACCACGCUUAGUUUGAGAAGCUACUCUAUUCAGGCUUGUAGAAUUUAUAAAAAUUUCCCGGGGGGGGGAUGGGGGGGGGGUUAAAGCUAAGUAAUGCAUGUGAAACUCGCCCAGUAGAGAAUAAAGGAAAUGAUUACCUAAUAAAGAAGCUCUUGACUGUUAAACAAAUUCUCCUUGUCAGCACCUCGUUAAACGUAUGGUGAACAGUAUGGAGAAUAUUCAUACUGAUGUUAAGGGGUAAAGGAUUAGUUUACCAUUUUAUUGUGAGGUUUAUUAAAAAAGCUACGCGUUUUUAAAACAACGUGACUUACUGGUUCAUGUGGUUGUAUCAACCUCCUGCUAGACAACUUGGUUCUGACAGUCUUAGAGUUUAUAACUUUGCUGCCUCAACGUUCGCACGUGCGUAGACGUUUACAGCCACACAAUUUUCCUUUUUUUUAUUUUGCUUAGCAGUCGUUCUUCCGUAGUCAACCGUCUUCUUCAAUCAGUUGGCAAUUCACGUGUGGCCGGCGAUCAAUUCACUUCGUGCGUGUUGCAUCCUUCCACGUCAAGUUCUUCCCCUUCGUCGUCUGCCUCUGCUUCUUCCAUGUCCACGGGUCUCGACGCCAUUCCUGAAGCAACUAGUAGAACAUCUUCAAAUUCAGCUGAAAGUAUGCCUUACCCAAACUCUCCAUCUUUAUCGGGGGAAGCUGAGACAACUUCAAGCUCGGUAAUAAAUCAAAAUGACAACGAGAACCAAGAUUACAGAGGAGUAUUCGCUGUAUUUCGAGCCCGUGAUAACAACACUUGGAAUUUUGACGUAACUAGUAAUGACAAUAAUUCGGCUGUUUUAGAACAUGAAUCGGCUGCAAACUCCGUUACUUUUGAUUCUGAUUCGAGCGACGACAGCCCUGAAGUGAGCAUGAGUGUGACAGCGGGGGAUACAGACGUCUAUUCUGAUACACCGGAUGUAGAACUUCCCACCAUGCAACAAUCCGUACCUUUUGACUCUCAAUAUUUUACUUCCGCCCCCGCUGACCAGCCAGAUGAUCGAGUCGUCGGCGUGGGCCGCGUUAUCAAUGUCGGUCCCAGCUCAUCUCGAAGUAGUUAUCUCUCCCACGGCUCCAACCAUAGCUCAAGUUUUGCUACACUAGGUGGUAGCCAGGGGUCUGGGACUGCUGUCGCGACGGCAACAGCACGGACGUUUAGACACGUACAUACUGCGGUGGUGGUCGCUGAUGUAACUAACGGAGGGCCCCAGUUUGCUCUGAGGACUGCGAUAAACAGAGCCAUUGCAGGGGCAUUCGCAGGGUGUGGCGAAGGUGCCGUGGCAAGUAAUAUAAUUAACACUACACAUCGUUUACAGUGGUGGGAUUUUUCUCGAGUGGAGUUGCCCGAUUUGAAAAACAGUGAGUAUCAGUAAUUGUGUUCGUCUCCUUAUCUGUUUACACAUCCGUAAGCUCUUAAACUGCCAGAAGUGAUUAACAAUAUAAUUCAGCAAACAGUUCGGGAGAAUACUCAAACCUCUCAGAGCCUUUAGGUGAUGAUAAGGUACUAAAAACCAUUUCUCCCACCUGUAAAUGAUUUGCAAAUGGCGCAGAGGUAGCUAACGGAGUAUUAUUUCCAGGUGAUAGUCACGUGAUUGCCCCAAGCUGUAAGAUUCACAACGAUGCAAGCUGCGACAUAUCAAGUGAUGGAAAACUACUGGCCACCUUCGUGCCUAGUGCCCAGGGCUUCCCUGAUGAUGGUGUGGUGGCGGUUUAUUCCCUUGAGAAAGCUACGCUAGGACAGUGUCUAUUCGCAAAGAAAUUUGGUGAGGAAAUUUUAAGAACAUGGAUAAAUUUCCUCUACAUUAUAAUUUGCGUUAGAGUUCAGGAACGGGUGGAACGGGAAGUGGUGGGGAGGGUAGGGCAGAGGCACUUGCAGGAAGACCUGGAAUACCCCUGAAUUUCAGUCAGGAUAUUUUAGGAUCGGAAUUAAAUUUCCCUACAUUAUUUGCUGCGUUAGAAUUCAAGAACAGACGGAAAAGAGAAAGAGAGGGAGGGGCAGGCGUUCUUGCAGGAAAAAGUGGGAAAUCUGUGGGAUAUCAAUGUUGAGAAACUUCGAAAUAUAAUUUUCAUUUUUAUACUCACCUUUCAUUCACUAGAGGUAUGAAAAUGGUGCCAUGCAUGUAGGGUGUCUUUUCUUUCGUGCUUUUGGUUGAGUCGUUGUUUUUAUGUGUAUUUCAGGGCCGAAUGCAAUCUCCAUAAGUCUGUCUCCCCUGAAUCGUUACAUUAUGGUCGGCUUAGCAGCCAGGCGACUUCACUGGCAUCUCACAUCUAGACAGGUAUAUCAAUUUGUCACGUUAAGUGUGUCACUCAACACAGCGGUCAAAUGCAGAGCAUGCACCAAGGGGUCAAAUUUUGGCCGCCCGCGCGCCAAUUUCCCGUACAAAUAAGUGAAAGGAAAUUAAAACGUUCAUUGGAAUCUGUAAAAGCAAAUAAAAGUAGCGAAGACGAAAACUUCAGCCCUUUCGAACGUAAAAAUUAUUCAUGUACGGGUACCCUGUUGAUUUACUAUUCUGCUUUGAGCUUUAUCAAACUAAUUAUACGCUUUUAAGAGACCAUGAUUUUCUGGCAUGUGUGGUUGGCUUUUGUAAGACAACCGGGUUCUAACAGCCUCAAAGCACGCCACCCACAGAAGUCACUAAAAUGUUUGCACAUGCACAGACGUUUGAUCGCCUUGCUGUGUUAUUCUAAGGCAAGCGCUGAAAAAAAUACACUCGCCUGUAGCUAAAUUUAUCACCAGUCAUUGUCAUUCGAAGCUUGAACGAAGAAAUUGCUCAAAACAAGUCAAAAAUUUUAAAGUUUGUAGUCAAUUCAAGAAGAUUCAUUUACACGUUCAAAGGUGAAGUAACGGUGAAGCAGUUGUUCAUAUUGACAGUAGCAGCAUCAUCAGCGGAGUUAGAUCUGUUCGAGAGAGACGAGAUACAGUUGAGGACUGAGUGCAUGUGAAAAGAUGGGACUCAAAACUACCCACUCAUUUUUAACGCAUCAAAUCUGUUUUGUACGUUUCUGUUCUGUUAAAAUCCCAGAGAAAAAAAACCUGUCAACAGUUACUAACAUCUUUACAACUUUUUGAUCCGUAGAAGUGACUAGCGUCUAAUUUCUCCUUACAUUAUCACCCCUGAAUCAAACAGUAAGAAAUUCUUGAUUGUUAAACAAAUUCUCCUCGUCAUCACUCAAGGAAAUGUAUGAAGAAUAGUAUGGAGAAUAUGUAUACUGAUGUUAGGGUGUAAAGGGUUAAUAACUGUGUGCAUUAGAUAAGGCACACUAGAUAAGAGUGAAAGAAAUAUUCAGCUUGUAGUAAUUGAAGUUUGAUAAUUUUUAACAAAAAUUGUUACAGGUUGUGGCACAAAUCUUCCGGCUGACUGGCAAAGAAAGUCCAUCAGACGCAGUGAAGGUACUAUUCCUAAUUGUCCUUUCGCAAAGUUAAGAAAAACGAUAGAAAAUUUUUUUCCACGGUUGUCGGUGAAGAAAGAAAAUAACAGACUUUCUAAUUGUCAUCUGUGUUCGUAAUUUUUUAAACAGCCCGUCGUCAGUGUUACGUAUGACUGUGACCCUGACCGGCGGAGUCACGUGAGUGUAAAUGCAGCGUUCUUCCAUCCCCAAGUUGGGAGUGGUUUGGUGUAUGGUACAAACAAAGGACAUCUGCACAUGCGCCAGUUUGGGUAA